AUACAGAUAGUGUUUGUCCUUUCGUGUUCCUUUCUUUCCUUUUCACACUCUCUUUCGCUGCACCUUCCGCCGGCCAGUGAAGAAAGAUUAUUAUAUAUUAAUUAUUAUUGACGACUUUGUGGACUGAAGAAAUGUUGACUUGUCUUCGGAAUUUAAGUACCAUUCGUUCGGCAACACAAACACAACCAUUGCUAUUUUUUCAGUCUGUGAUCUGAACCACUGCAGUGCCAUAAUGGUGGAUACCAUCAUGACAGUCCACGAAGCCUGCUCUUCGUCCUCCUCCAAGUCGAAACUUUGGAAGUAUGAUGUGUUCUUGAGCUUCAGCGGCGAAGACACGCGCAAUGGCUUCACGAGCCACCUCCACGUGGCAUUGAAAGACAGAGGAUACCAGGUCUUUAUUGAUGAGGACAAUCUAAAAAGAGGGGAAGAAAUAAGAGGGGAACUGUUUCGGGCAAUCGAAGAGUCGAGGAUCUCUAUCAUUGUCUUCUCAAAGAUGUAUGCGGAUUCGAGUUGGUGUCUUGACGAGCUGGUGAAGAUCAUGGAGUGCAGAGACAAACUGGGGCGACAUGUUUUGCCAAUAUUCUAUCACGUUGACCCUUCGCAUGUCAGGAAGCAGGACGGAGAUUUAGCCGAAGCAUUUCAGAAACACGAAAAAGACAUCCGUGAAGAAAAAGAUGACGAGAAACGUGAAGCUAAACGAAAAAGGGUAGAGCAGUGGAAAGGGGCUCUCACAAAAGCCGCAGAUUUGUCUGGUCACCAUCUUAAAUCCACUCAUAAUAGGGAGAGGCGGAGAGAUCCUCUUACCGAAGCUGCAAAUUUGUCUGACCACAAAACCACUGACAACGGGCGCGAAGCAGAGUUCAUUAAAAAAAUUGUUGACGAGAAUAUUUGGGAAUGGCUUCCUAGAACAAACGAAUUACAUGUGGCCAAGCACCCAAUUGGAAUCAAAUCUCGCAUUCAAGGUAUUAUCAAUGAUCUUUCAAGUGGUGGAUCAAAUGAUGUUCUCAUGGUUGGAAUUUGGGGGAUGGGUGGAUUGGGUAAAACAACAGUUGCCAAAGCCAUUUAUAACCAAAUUCAUCGUAAGUUUGAAUUCAAAAGUUUCCUUGCCGACAUUAGCGACGCUACAAGUAAACAUGGUCUGGUAUAUUUGCAAGAAAAACUUAUUUCUGACAUCUUGGAACAAAAGUCUGGAAUAAGCAGUGUUGAUGAAGGUAUCGGUUUGAUAAAACAACAUCUCCAACAUAGAAGGGUACUUGUCAUCAUAGACAAUAUAGAUGACCUGAAACAAUUGGAUACAAUAGCCCGAAGUCACGAUUGGUUUGGUCCAGGAAGUAGAAUUAUCAUGACGACACGAAAUGAACAUUUACUGAAGCAAGUGAAGGUGAACAAGACGUAUUCGCUUCAGGAAAUGAACAAGGAAGAAGCUCUGGAGCUCUUUAGUUGGCAUGCCUUUCAAAAAAGUUGCCCUAAUGAAGAAUAUCUUGAAGACUCAAAAAAGGUUGUUUCUUAUUGUGGAGGUUUGCCACUAGCCCUUGAAGUUUUAGGUUCUUUUUUGUUUAAAAGACCCAUUAAAGAGUGGAAAAGCCAAUUGGAGAAAUUGGAAAGAAUUCCUGAAAGAGAAAUAAUAAAAUCACUAAGAAUAAGCUUUGAAGGGCUAGAUGAUCCAGAGAAGGCUACAUUCCUUGACAUAUCUUGUUUCUUUAUUGGAAAGGACAAGGACUAUGUCGCCAAAAUAUUAGAUGGAUGUGGAUUUUAUGCAACAAUAGGAAUCAGUGUCCUUCGCGAACGAUGUCUUGUAACUGUUGAAGGCAACAAGUUGAAUAUGCAUGAUUUGCUUCGAGAAAUGGCCAGAGUAAUUAUUUCUGAAAAAUCUCCUGAUCAUCCUGGAAAAUGGAAUAGGUUAUGGAACCGUCGAGAGGUCAUUGAUGUAUUGACAAAUAAAUCUGGAACUGGAAAAAUUGAAGGACUUGCUCUAAAUUUCCCUGACGAAACUAAGACUGCUAGUUUCAGUACAAAAGCAUUUGCCAUAAUGAAGAAACUAAGACUGCUUGCUCUACUUUUCCAUAAAGAAACUAAGAUUGCUAGUUUCAGUACAAAAGCAUUUGCCAAAAUGAAGAAACUGAGAUUGCUUCAACUCAGCAACGUCGAGCUCAAGGGAGAAUACAAACAUCUUCCCAAGGAGUUAAUAUGGUUGUGUUGGGAAGGAUGCCCCUUAAGGUCCAUACCAGAUUACUUUUUCAAUCAACCAAGACUAGCUGUUCUAGAGAUGCGUCGUAGCAAACUGGUACAAGUCUGGAAGGGUUCCAAGUCGCUACAUAACUUGAAAACCCUUGAUCUCAGCCUUUCCAAAGCCUUACAGAAAUCACCGGACUUUUCACAAGUUCCAAAUCUUGAAGAGUUGAUAUUGGAGCUGUGUUGUAGUUUGUCCGAGAUUCACCCAUCCAUUGGUCAUCUUAAAAGACUUUCUUUGGUGAACCUCAAGUUUUGUCGCAAUCUUAUUUCUCUUCCAGGGGAUUUCUACAAGUCUAAAUCUGUUCAGACUCUUCUUCUUACUGGAUGUUCAGUAUUCAGAGAAUUGCAUGAGGAUUUAGGGGAGAUGACAUCAUUGAGAAUACUUGAAGCAGAGGAUACAGCCAUAAGAGAAGUACCACCUUCCAUAGUAGGAUUGAAGAAUCUCACUCGUUUAUCUCUGAAGGAUAUUCAAUCGCUACAUUCGUUCAGAGAAUUCGAUCUCACACGCGGCGCAUUAGAUGAUGCAAUUAAGGAUCUUGGCAGUCUAAUUUAUUUACAACAUUUGCAUCUUCGAUGUAUUAUGUUUCAUAGCUUACCAAACCUCAGUGGUCUUUCAAAGCUCGAAACAUUGUGUUUAAAUGGAAGCAGAUAUCUUCGUACAAUCCCUGAUCUACCAACAAAUUUGAAAGUUUUGUUAGCCGAUGAUUGCCCUGCAUUGGAAACAAUGCCGGACUUUUCGGAAAUGUCAAAUAUGAGAGAACUGGAUGUAAGUGAUUCACACAAACUCACUGAGGUUCCAGGCUUGGAUAAAUCAUUAAACUCCAUGGCGUGGAUUGAUAUGAAAAGGUGCUCCAAUCUCACAACUGAUUUUAGGAAGAACAUCCUACAGGGAUGGACUUCUUGCGGAUUUGGUGGCAUUGCUCUCCAUAGGAAUUAUGUUCCUGAUUGGUUUGAGUUUGUCAACGAGGGCGCUAAAGUCAGUUUUGAUAUUCCCCCGACCGAUAAUCGUAAUUUUGAAGGGCUAACUCUAUUCUGCUUGUUCCGCAUAUGCACAUGGAAAUAUUUCCCUAAUCUUGCCAUUACUAUUAUAAGUAAUACCAAGCGUACUAAGUUGCAAGCCUACAAAUCCAGUGGAGGUUAUGGGACUCAGAAUUAUGAAGAUGAGUAUCUUUGGCAGGGACAACUCUCGAACAACGAGCUCAAUUUGCAAAGCGGGGAUAAAGUUGAUAUACUUUUUGAAGGUUGGUAUGGUACGGUUGGGAAUAUGUUAAAAUGAUGAGAAUAGGGGUUAAUCUAGUAUGGGACAAACUUAUGAAGGAAAAUAUGCAUGGUUUUUUUUCGGUAAACGGAAAAUAUAUAUGAUUUGGACGACACCAGAGCCGUUCUUCACUGAGAUUCGGAUGAGGAAGGACCAAGCCAUGAUUUGGAUGAACCUAGAUAUGUUUUUGACUCGCAACCAGCUCAGUUCUAUGAUGAGGGAGGACGAAGCCAUAACGCAUCUGAUAAACUCAUUUGUGCAAAAUGAAGGUGAAAGCAUCACAGUCAAUUCGUCAAACACCUCACCACUUUUCGCUUUCCUAGUUCGAUAAUGGAGGCGAGUCCAUAUUUCAUGCUUUUUUUUUUUUUUUUUUUUUUGCAGAUUCCUAUGAUUUUUUCAAUUAAUUGUUUUGAAUUUUGAAUUAUUGCAUCAAGUAACAUUUCAAAAUUACAACAAUCAAUAUAAGACAUUCGCCCAAAUAUAUGACAAAUACUACUCAAAUUCGCACAAA